AUGCAGGGAGUGGAUACCUACCAUUGGAUUCUACCAUUGGAAUGUUUGGCUGGAAAGGAGACUACUUUCACAUCUUGUUGGUUCCGGUCGAGCAUGAGUCUUGAGUCCUGGCAGAUCUCGACGUCAUAUGAAUUAGAUGGCGCAAGGCCUGACAAUGGAGGAGACUAUUUGGGUUUAUGGUUGAAAGUUAACAGCGUUACAAAGUUAGCGGCUGAUGACCAUGGCUCAGUGAUUGGUCUCAACGCUUGUUCCGUGCCUAUUCACACUGAGUCGGUGCCCUUUGGAUCGGAAGAAGGAUGGGCUAUGAACACCUCAACGUGCAAGGAUAUCGAAAAAGGAGGGCCAAAGACCGCCGGGGCGGAGACGGAACGGGCGGGGUCCGAACGGGCGGGGUCCGAACGGGCGGGGUCCGAACGGGCGGGGUCCGAACGGGCGGCGGCCGAACGGGCGGGGUCCGAACGGGCGGGGUCCGAACGGGCGGGGUCCGCACGGGCGGGGUCCGAACGGGCGGGGUCCGAACGGACGGCGGCCGCGGACCAUGUGGAGGCGGCGCCCCCCGUAUUGAUAUAUGAGGAAUCCGAAAUGGUGGGCCCCGAUUCAGUCGUUGUUGAUGAGUCAGACGUAGACGAGACUGUGGAUGAGGCUGCUCCCACCAGGCAAGAGGAUAGGUCUAGCUCUCGGUUAUCGGUAGCUAAAUCGCCCGUCAAACUUCGGUCACUUUCGAUGCCAAAUCUGCCAGUUAGUUUUCUGAAUACAAGAUAUCAGUUGAGUGUCUUAGGAGGAGACGGUGAAAUAGUUGAGUCGUUGUGCAACGUUUGGGAACCGUGCCUGGAUCCUUAUGAAUACCGCGGGUGCGCAAAGUUUGUGGAGGUGUCGCGACUUAAAAAAAUGGACCAGAUCAUUGUCCGUCUGGAAUUACAGUACUGUAACAUGUUCGGUUCCAUACAGCCUUUGACGAUGCCAGCAUCUCCAAUCGCCCCCCUCAAUAUGGGUUUGUCAUUUGGCGACUCCGUUGUAUUGGUUAACCGAAACAUAUUUUGCCGCACACGUGUGGCUGUCGCAGCUUUGAAUCGAGCAAUUAUGCAAAAUGGUAGCAUGCCGGUGAUAGAUAUGAGUCAGUACGUUCCAGAGCAUCUUCAGGCCUCCAAACUCGCCCGCCACACAUACGGGGCUCGAGUGUAUUCUGCGUGCCUUGAUAUAAUGCGUUGCACGUUGUAUAAAAAAUGCGCAAGUGCCUUGGAUUCCAGCCUUGAAAAUGGAAUAGACUCUAUAUUGGCUGGUCGGAACCGAGCAAAUAUACGGAAUAUAAGGUUGGAUAUAUUGGUUAUCCUCGGAAGCAUUUUCUCGCAGCUUCGCUUUCAUUACAUGUUUCAUUUAGUCAAGCAGCAGUUGAUUGCGGUAAUUGCCGGCGAUCUUCGUGCCUUGGUAAGACUACAUGAGACAGUCCUAGACCUUCCUCAGGAAGCCGUGACCCGAUUCGAAUUGAUUGUGUGGACGGAGUUGCUGGUUGUCUUAAUGAAAUGGGACGCAGAGAAACAUGGUGCAGAGGAAAGGGAGUUGAUCUACUUCAUGAAAGCGGCCAUGACUCACCAUCGUGCUCUCUUCAUCGAGUUACUCUCUCGACGUGGGGUCGACGGCGGUGCCUCGUCGCAACAUCUUUCUGGGUCAUGGCUAAAACCUCUCGUCUUUGAUAUCCUAGUUGCACUCACGAAUCAGUGCGUUGGCAUAUCUUUAGCCAACCGGAAGCCUCCUGGAGCUCUGUUGACGCCAGACGCUCUGCCAAACGGGAUGCUGCACAUACCAUACGCUGCCUGA